UGUUGUUCUGCUCCAAUAAGCUCCACCGCUAUGUGCGCAUGCGUAAUGAGAUGAAUGGCCGCUGUACCUGACGGCCCACCGGGAAGUGAGGCGGACAAAUCCUCGGCCGUUAAUCCCGGUUCGGUUCGGUAACCCGGAGGAGCGGGCCGGAGCGCUCAGUCUGACCGUCGGGACUCGGCCUCCGGGACCACGCGGGGGCUGCCCGUGUCCUCAGUCCGCCUGUCGAGCUCCAGACCCCCGCCGCUGCUGAGCUGAGGCUCCGUGGAGCUCCGUGAGGCUCCGGGCGCGUCCACCCUGACUGCAAUGGGAUGCUGCGGUAGCGCGGAGAGGACAAAGAGAGAAUGGAGACCGCUGGAGGACCGGAGCUGCACGGACCUGCCCUGGUUCCUGCUCUUCACCGUGUUCUGCGUGGGCAUGGUUCGUCUUCUUCCUGGAUCCCUGCAACAUCGACAUCGUCCAGAGGAAAAUCAAGUCCAUGGCRCUGUGCGUCUCGCUGUGUCCCUCUGAGGAGCUGAAGACCUACCAGGACCUGAUGAGGUUCGCCAUGGUCAACGGCUCAGAGCUGUGUUCCUACGAGUUAGCGGGUCACAAAUAUCCCGGCCUCCCCGAGAGAUUCUCCAAAUGUCCCAAACUUCCUGUCCCACGCAGCAAGCCGCUGCCGGUCUUUAACCGCUGCACCCCGGUGGACGUCUCCUGCUACGCCAAGUUUGCGGAGGCCGUGGUGACGUUCGUGGGGGACAGCAGCGUCCUGCACCGACUGAUCGCCGGCGUCGCAGCCAGCAAGGAGAUCAUCAUCGGGCUGUGCGUCCUGGCGCUGGUCCUGUCCAUGAUUCUCAUGGUGAUCAUUCGUUACAUCUCAGCCGUCCUCGUCUGGAUCCUCACUUCGCUGGUCGUCCUUGGAUCCCUUGCGGGGACGAGCGUCCUCUGGUGGCUCUACAUCGACCACCGGCUGUACGGCAACGACACGUCCUCCAAGGUGUCGAAGGAGGAGUCGAAGGAGGAGCCGAGCAGGGACAGCGGUCAGGCGCUGCUCGUGUACGCCGCAUCGGCCACCAUCUUCACCAUCAUCCUGCUCCUGCUGAUGCUCUUCAUGAGGAAACGAGUGGCGCUCACCAUCGCUCUGUUCCACGUCGCCGGCAAAGUCUUCAUCCACCUCCCCCUCCUCACCCUGCAGCCCUUCGUCACCUUCCUUGCACUCCUCCUCUUCUGGGUCUACUGGAUCCUGGUGCUGCUGUUCCUGGGGACCACCGGGAACCCGGAGCAGAAUGAGGAGACAGGACUAACAGAGUUCAGACUGACGGGUCCUCUUCAGUACCUGACCUGGUACCACGCCGUGGGUCUGGUCUGGAUCAGCGAGUUCAUCCUGGCCUGUCAGCAGAUGACUGUAGCCGGAGCUGUGGUCACCUACUACUUCACCAGGGAUAAGAACCGGCUCCCGGUGACCCCGAUCCUGUCCUCGGUUCUGAGGCUGGUCCGGUACCACCUGGGUACCGUUGCUAAGGGGUCCUUCAUCAUCACGCUGGUGAAAGUUCCCCGACUCGUCCUCAUGUACAUCCACAACCAGCUCAAAGGACGGGAGAACGUGUUCGCUCGCUGCCUGCUCAAAUCCUGUAUCUGCUGCCUGUGGUGUUUGGAGAAGUGCCUCAACUACCUGAAUCAGAAUGCAUAUGCAGCCACAGCCAUCAACAGCACCAGUUUCUGCACGUCGGCACGCGACGCCUUCGUCAUCCUGGUGGAGAACGCCCUGCGCGUCGCCACAAUCAACGCCGUCGGAGACUUUGUGCUCUUCCUGGGGAAGAUCCUGAUCAUGACGUCAACAGCGUUCGCCGGCGUCCUGCUCCUGAACUACCAGCGGGAUUACGCAGAGUGGCUGCUGCCGCUCGUCAUCGUGUGUCUCUUCUCCUUCCUGGUGGCUCACUGCUUCCUGUCCAUCUUUGAGAUCGUGGUGGACGUCCUCUUCCUGUGCUUCGCCAUCGACACCAAGUACAACGAUGGCACUCCAGGGAAGGAGUUCUUCAUGGACAAAGCUCUGAUGGAGUUUGUGGAGAGCAGUCGGCGGUUGGAGCGAACGGGGGGACGUGGGCGGAGCCGAGUGAAGGAGGCAGCGUCGGAGGGGGCGGAGAUGAAGCCCAUGGCUCCGGGGACGAGUUCAGCUUGACCAAAAUCAGCCACUGGGACUUCUUAAAGAGACAUUCCAAAAGUUUAUUUUUACCAACGUGUAACAUGUUUACUAUGGUUUGACUCCAGGGAAAACGAUAUUUUAAUAAGAAACUGUAAAAAACGUAACAAUGUAAUGAAGCACUUUAUAUGGAAGCGCUGCAGAUUUUAAACCGGCUGAUGCAUUUUUUGGUAGUGAUGUCCUUUUUUAUAUAAAACAAAAAACAAAAAACCCCACUGAACUCAUCGCCCACCGCUCAGUCUCCAACAGCGCUCCGACAUGUUUUCUUUACCUUUCUGUUCCGGAGGCGGAGCCUGCUCCUCACCUGGACUCCCAUCAAAAAGAGGGUGGAGCCUGCUGGACAGGGGGAGCAGCUUUGCAGCUCCUCGGAGGGGRGGAGCUUAAGGCCGAACGGAGACCGGCUCCCACCCGGUGUCCCGGAUCCAGCUUCCUGUCUGAGGUCGGCUCCAGACAGGAUGUGCGGGCGCCGCUUCUCGCUGCAGACGGUUGAGUUCAAACGGUCAGCAAUAAGACGACGAGCAGCACGUGACCGGAACCACAACGACGACGUCUUCCUGCUUCAGUGUCAGACUCUGUGAGGUCCCCUUCAGGUUCAAAGGUCCAGCUGAGGUCAUCCGCCUCACGURGGCUCCUCCCACAGCGCCGCUCCUCCUCGGGUGGCGUGUUCUGCCCUGCAGGUUUCCGGAGCUGAACCCGAGUGCCUCCCGUUGCCCCGCCCCCAUUGCCCCGCCCCCUGCGCCCAGAGCUGUGUAGAGAUCCUUAGAUUGUUGCUGAAGUUAACCAAGUGUCUCCUAACGCCCUGACAUCUCUUUCAGAAAUACGUUCACCUCCGACCGACACGCUCCCGUCAUCACGUCGCUCAGAAAACCAGCUGAUUGGUCGGCUCUCUGAGAGCAGCGCUUCAUUAACCAAUCAGCUUCGAGCCCACAAACGAGCUCCAGGUCUAAGAACAGUCAUCGACUCCUGGAUGGAAACUGUCUGGAGUUUGGACUUGGUUUGGGGAACACCCUGCUCCUAAUUCACCUGAACCUCGGGGGGUGGGGGACAGACCCAGAGGCCGAGAACCGGACCCUGAUGAUGCAACACGCCGACUAAUAUUGCACUAAAGAUGGAUUUUAUURGACGCUGACGCCAGUUUAACGUAGCUGUAAAGUAUUUAGAGGAAUCCUGUUUGUAGCUCAGAUCUGAAGUCACGUUUAUUUCAUCUUCAAACAUCCUGACAGGAAAAAAACAAACAAAAAAAAUGUUUA